AUGUUGACCUAUGUUAUACUUGUGUCUACAAUUUUGAUCAGCUACAAAAUCUAUCAGUACUUGUUUCCAACACAAAAUAUAAAUCCAAUUGGUAAAUAUGUGUUGAUUAGUGGCUGCGAUACUGGUUUCGGCCAUGGUCUAGCAUUAGAAUUAGACAAACAAGGCUUUCAUGUUCUCGCUGGUAUCUACAGUCUAAACAAUCAACAAAAACUAACAUCACUUCUUUCCGAUCGUGCAACUGUGUUCAAACUAGACAUUACAAAACAAGAAGACAUUGAUGAUGCAUAUAAACUAAUCAGUAGUAAAACGCAAGUGCUUCAUGCAUUAGUAAAUAACGCUGGUGUUGGCUAUGGUGGAUUGAUUGAUUGGAUAACGUUAGAAUCGAUGCGAAAAAUGAUGGAUGUCAAUUAUUUCGGACACGUGUCUAUGACGAAAACGUUCUUGCCAUUGCUUAUUGCCAAACGUGAUUCACGUGUAGUGAACAUCUGUUCAGUUGGUGGGUAUUUAGCAACGCCUGGAAUGGCUUCAUAUUGUUCAUCGAAAUACGCAUUGGAAGCAUUUUCUGAUUGUCUUCGGCGAGAAAUGUCGGUGUGGAACUUACGUGUGAGUAUUAUCGAACCGGGUUCUAUGCGAACACCUAUGACCGAUGGACUUUUGAAUUCUAUGAAAAAUCUAUGGAGCGAAUUACCCACAGAUGUUAAAGAACGAUGGGGUGAAAAAUUUUACUCAUAUUCAAUUGAACGUUUUGUUUCACACGGAUUGAUGGAAAGAGCAGAGAAUCCCAAGAAAGUUAUCAAUGUACUUAAACAUGCGGUGAUGAAUAGUAAACCAUGCAUACGCUAUCGUCCAGGGCUACAAUCGCCAAUAGUCUUUCCACUAUCAAUAGUGCCAACUUGGUUAGCUGAUAGAAUUCUAAUGAUAGUUAUGGGUUCACCGUAUCAGCCAACUUGUCUUCGUCAUCAAAUGCAAAGUUAA